GCAGGAUAUAUGCCGGCUAGUGACGCGUUCGCAGCCAUGACCUGUAACGGUGAGGCUGUGCAGACUGUAGCAGCAGGAGACCGCUUGCAGCUCAGACCCCGGUCAUCCAGCAAAAUCGCUGAGCUGCUUGAUGGUCAAUAUAGUUUCUUCGACAUGCUGGCGGAUAGUGACUACUUCCAGGAUGACGGUCUCGUGCCGAAGGUGGGAUUGGGUGUUUCGCUGACCGUGAACUAUCGGGCGCACCCAAGGUUGGUCAGAGGAGUGUCUGCACUUUUUUAUCACGGAUUGAUGACUCCUGCUCGGGACUUGAUCGUUGGAGACGAGACAUUGCGUCUGCGGCACGAACUGAGAGAAGUAGGACUGGACGUUGAUGCCAACCCUCUCUACUGGGUGGACCAUACCAGCCGGAUGGAGCGCGACUUCCUGACGUCGUCGCUGUACAAUGUUGGAGAAGCUGAAGUGGUUGUCCGACUCUUCAAGUUCCUCACCUCAGUCAUCCCGCACAGACUCAUCACGGUCAUAUCACCGUACAGGAAGCAGGUGCUGCUGCUCAAGGAGAUGCUGCCUCCCACCGUCCCUACGUACACAGUGGACGAGAUUAUCGGACAAGAACGUCCGGUAGUCAUCGUCUCACUGGUAUGUAGCGACCUAAGUGAUUCCGGAGUGCAGUCACACGGCCUUGGAUUCUUGAGGGAGCCGAACCGUGUGAAUGUGAUGGUGUCUAGGGCGAAGGAGCUGGCCAUUCUCGUUGGAUCAAGAGCCCAUUUCGCCAAGAGCAGAGUCGGCUUUUGGGAGACUUUGACGACCAGGGCAACUGGAAUCCAACCUGAUUUUUGAAUUCGCGUUUGGACAGUCCAUUCCGUGUUUGUUGUGAUUUUUUAAUGUCGUUUUCACCUCUGACCAUUUGAUUUAAUUUUUAAUAAAUUCAC